AGGGCCUCAGCCCCAGGAGCAGUAGCCAGCCUCACCUCCCCGGGACAGCUCCUGGUGGAGGACGGAAUGGAGGACGGAGGCUUCGCAGAGAGCCCUGGUGCACGGACCGCCUCCGGGCCCCACGGGUCGUCGCCCUCGGCACACAGACACCCGAGCAGAAGGAAUGGGCUUGCGAAGCUCUGCCAGAGCAGGAUGGCCCUCUCCGAAAGCAGAUGGAGCUCCUACUGCCUGUCGUCGCUGGCUGCCCAGAACAUGUGUGCGAGCAGGCUGCACUGCCCGGCGGCCCCGGAGCAGGCAGACGCGGCCGGGCCCCGGGGGGGCGCGUCCUGCUCUUCCCUGCUGCGCGGCUUGUCCCCGGGCCGGCCCACAGCCCUGCUCCCGGCCCCCGUGUGCAACCCGAACAAGGCCGUUUUCACCGUGGACGCCAAGACCACAGAGAUCCUGGUGGCCAAUGACAAGGCUUGCCAGCUCUUGGGGUACAGCAGCCCUGACCUGAUCGGCCAGAAGCUCACACAGUUCUUCCUGAAGCCAGAUUCUGACGUGGUGAAGGCCCUCAGUGAGGAGCACGUGGAGGCCGAUGGCCACGCCGCUGUCGUGUUUGGCACAGUGGUGGACAUCGUGAGCCGCGGCGGGGAGAAGAUUCCAGUUUCCGUGUGGAUGAAGAAGGUGCAGCGGGAGCGCCUCUGCUGUGUGGUCGUGCUGGAGCCCGUGGAGCGCGUCUCGGCCUGGGUCACUUUCCAGAGUGAUGGCAUCGUUACGUCGUGCGACAGUCUCUUCGCUCUCCUGCACGGGUACACGUCCGUGGAGGAGGUGCUCGGGCAGCGCAUCGCAGACCUCAUCCCUUCUGUGCAGCUCCCACCACCGGGCAGGCUCAUCCCACAGAAUCUCAAGAUUCAGAGGUCUGUCGGGAGAGCCAAAGACGGCACCACCUUCCCUCUGAGCUUGAAACUGAAGUCUGAGCCCAGUAGCGAGACGGUGGAAGUCGGCAGGGACGUCCCCGAGCCGGGCUACUCGGCGUCCGUCUGGGUGUUCUCCACCCUCAGCGGCCUCCUCACCCUCCUGCCCGACGGGACCAUCUACGGCAUCAACCACAACUUUGCCCUGAUGCUGUUCGGUUACGGAAAGACGGAGCUCCUGGGCAAGAAUAUCACUUUCCUGAUUCCCGGUUUCUACGACUACAUGGACCUUGCGUCUGAUGGUUCCUUACCGCUGCCAGACCUGAACUGCUCGGACGUUGGCAACCGGAGUGAGCCUGGGGGGACCGCUGUGGACCCCCAGGACUGGGACCCGGCCGAUCCCAGGGUUAACAGCACGCUGGUUGGAGACCACAACCUGGCGCGAGGUGAGACCCUAGAGCCGGAGGGAAGCCGAGAAGCCUGCGCCGGGACCGGGGCCCAAGCAGAGCCUGGAGGCCGCCCCCCUCCUGCCCUCGCGCCUCCGCCUGCUCCGCGAAUGGACAGCAUCCCAGAAGGAUGCCCACCAGCCCAGGAACGGUCAUUGCCUGAGGGCCAGCAGAACAUCCCAGAAGGAAGCCCAGCAGCCCUCGGUGAAAGAUCAUUGUCCAAGGACCAGAAGAACGUCCCAGAAAGAAGCCAGACAGCCCAGGAAUACUCAUUGCCUGAGGACCAGUGGAACGUCCCAGAAGGAUGCCCGCCAGUGCAUAGUCAAUGGUCCUCACUGGAGGCCCCGCAGAAUACGGUCAUGGAGGAAGAUGAGCGUGCAGCCCCAGAGAGCCUCACAUGGGACCUUGAGGGAAGAAGCGUGUCUGGCCCUGGGGACACACGGACGUCUGCUUCACGCGAAGACUCUGAGGCCCCAGCUCCAGCAGAGGGUGGGGGCAGGAGCACUGGGCGGUGCCAGGAGGCGCAGCCAGACUGGACAGGCGUGAGCGGCGCCAGUGGUUCAAACCAUCCGGCUGAUUCUGUCGUGCCCGCGCCCCCGCCCCGUGCGGCAGGCCAGCCGGUGGGAGAGAGCCUCCUGCCGCACCGCCCCGGUUACGGGGGCGAGCAGAGCGCACAGGCGGGGAGCCCCUCUGGGGCAGCGCCGCCCUCAUUCUGGAAGCCCGUGCUGGAUGAGCCGUGGGCAGGGGAGAGUGACCGGGAGGAGCUACAGACCUGCCUAAUUAAGGAGCAGCUGUCCAAGUGGAGCCUCGUGGGGCCGCCGGGCGUCCCUCAUGCAGAGCACCCCCUGUUCUCUGCCCCCGUGUCGCUGUGUGACCCGGCAGCCAGAGGCGUGUGCGGCCGUGAGGGCAGCUCCGCGGCCUACUAUGCGCUGGCCACAGACCUCCCCGGCGUCCUGGAUGCGGUGCAGGCCCGGGAGGCCGAUGGGAAUUCAUUUUCCUGGAAUCUCAAGGAGCUCUUUUUUGGUGAAUGGACGGACGGAACGUCCUCGAGCUGUUCUGGCACCCUGUCAGAGCUUGUGGAGACGCCCUCUCCUUCGCUGGCAGGCUCCGACAUGGGCGUGCGUGGUGUGCACAGGCACGGGUCCCGGGAUCCAGAUGACAGAGAGCUGUUGCUCCUGACGGGCACUUACUUGCAUCUCGGUGAAGUUCAGCAGUCUCAGGAGAGCCAUCUGGGGCCCGGCCUGGCCGAGCCCUCUGAGACCUGCCUGGUGUCCUUAGGACACUGCGGAGUGAGUGGCAGAGACAGCCCAGCCUGUGUCCUUCCCACGCUGGGAGCUGGCCCCGUGGACGCGUCCCCGUCGCAGGGAGCUGGCCCCCUGGACGCGUCCCCGUCGCCGGGAGUUGGCCCCUUGGAUGCGUCCCCAUCGGAGGAGCCCAGGCUGAGCUUUCGGGUCACCUCCACGCCCGUGAAAGGGGACAGCCCAGCGACGCCCGGGGCCCCCCUACGGCAUGAGAUCCGGGAGGGCACCUAUGUCGGCAGCUGCUACCACCGAGACGGCUCAUGGCUGAGUGUGCAGUUUGAGGUGAGGAGGGUGGCGCUCCAGGGCUCUGCGACCCUGUUUUGCUGCUGGCUUGUCAAAGACCUGCUACACGGCCACCGGGACUCGGCCACGCGGACCCGCCUGCUCCUGGCCAGCCUGCCCAGUUCCAGCCACUCCAUGUGUGAGCUUUCUGGAGCCAGCACGGGGGAGAUGCUCUGGAGCAAGCCCUGGUUCGAGGAGCCCCCGAGGGCUGGGGAGCUGGAGGGGCUGGCGGCCUGCGAGGGCGCGUACUCCCGCAAGUACAGCACGCUGAGCCCGCUGGGCAGCGGGGCCUUCGGCUUCGUGUGGACUGCCGUGGACAGGGAGCAGAAUAAGGAGGUAGUGGUGAAGUUUAUUAAGAAGGAGAAGGUGUUGGAGGAUUGUUGGAUCGAGGAUCCCAAACUUGGGAAAGUUACUUUAGAGAUUGCAAUUCUGUCCAGGGUGGAGCACGCCAACAUCAUCAAGGUGGUGGACGUAUUUGAAAACCAAGGCUUCUUUCAGCUGGUGAUGGAGAAGCACGGCUCCGGCCUGGACCUCUUCGCGUUCAUCGACCGCCAUCCCAGCCUGGACGAGCCCCUGGCGAGUUACAUCUUCCGACAGCUGGUGUCGGCAGUGGGGUACCUGCGCUCCAAGGGCAUCAUCCACCGGGACAUCAAGGACGAGAACAUCGUGAUCGCGGAGGACUUUACCGUCAAGCUGAUCGACUUCGGCUCAGCUGCCUACCUGGAGGAGGACAGGCUCUUCCACACCUUCUGCGGGACGAUCGAGUACUGCGCGCCCGAGGUGCUCAUGGGAAACCCGUACAAGGGGCCGGAGCUGGAGAUGUGGUCGCUGGGAGUCACACUGUACACGCUGAUCUUUGAGGAGAAUCCUUUCUGUGAGCUGGAGGAGACCAUGGAGGCCGUGAUCCGCCCGCCCUACCUGGUGUCAGAAGAUCUCGUGAACCUCAUGUCCGGGCUGCUGCAGCCUAUCCCUGAGCAGCGCACCACCUUGGAGAAGCUGGUGACAGACCCCUGGGUGACACAGCCUGUGAACCUUGCUGACUACACCUGGGAUGAGGUGUGUCCAGUGAACAAGCCAGAAAGCGGAGGACUGUCGGCGCUGAGUCUGCAGAUGGAGAGCAGGUGUGCAAGGGAAGUGGCCCCGGAGUCGCGCUGGGCCUGGUGCCCCGGGGGAGGCCCCUGCUGACCCAGCGCCAGCCCCCUGCUGCUCCCUGUUACUCUCAGGGGACUGAGUUGUUUUCAGGCCUCUUCCAUUCGGAGAAAGUAAAUUCUCAAGAAUCUGGCCCAGUUCACGGUCUAAAAACUCAUACGCAAGUUUAAAAAACGCUAGACCAAAAGCCAAUGAUGCUGUAAGAAAUUAGGUUUAUAGAGAGACUUGGAAUUCACUUUUGUCAUGACCGUGGGAACACAUUCUAGUGCCGGGUUGAGUUCCGUACUGUUAAAGGGCUUUCAUUUGUGAACUUCAGAAAAGGGGCAGAGUUUUUUCGUCUUUCUGCUUUUGUAUAUACACGUGUUUUGUCUCCUCUGACUGGACAGAUGCCAAUCGGGUGUGUGUGUGUGCAGAACUGGUUAGCCAACCGACCAGACUAUUUCAUUAACUUAUUUUCUUGAACAUUUUCCAAACUAAAGCAAUUUUGUAGUAAACAAUUA